UGAUAAUUUAAAAAAUCAGGCAAAAGAAUUAGAAGUCAGAUAUAAAUUUGACAAUUGGGAACAUGUAGAUCAAAGAUUACAAAAUACUUAUUAUCAAGUUGAUAAAACAAUUAGCAAAAAAGUAUUUGAGUGUCAUCAUGCAAGCAAGCCACAGAUUUAUAAUAAAAAUAAUACUACCUCUUCUUAUGUAGAAUGCACUUGCUAUAUUAAUAUUAAUUGGCCAAAAUCAGAUGCAAAUCCUCAAGUAACUACUUUUGAACCUAAACAUGCUAAUCAUGAUCUUAACUUGAUAACAACUAAGUUUGCACUACAAUAUCGAAGUUUAUCUGAGCCACAAGAUUCUUGUAAUGAAAAUAGUGAUCUAGACAAUGAUGCAUUUUUAUUACUUAAUGCACUUGAAAGUCAACAAAAUAAUGAUCCUGGAAUAUUUAUUGCUAAAAAAACAAACAUGGAUGAUUACGAAACAUCAGCAUCUUAUAUAUGGGUAUUUGAGCAAUUAUUAAGUGCAAAUAAUAAUAUUUUACCAUUAGUUCUUAUUAGUGAUGCCAAUACCGGAUUAGAUGCAGCUGUAAAAACUUUUUUACCUAAUGUUAAACAUAUCCACUAUAUAUUUCAUCUUCGACAAAACUUAGAUCGUUAUUUGCAAAGUACUUUGGUUGAAAAAUUUCCUUCUGCUAGUACCUACUUAGUAGAAACUUUAAAUAAAAUUAAAGAAUCGUGGGCAAAAGCAUUUAUUUGUAU